AUGGACAAUAUCUCAACUCUCGCGCCGAUGACGUCGGCUCAAUCUUUUCCCGCGUCACCUUCAUCAGGUCGCAAACGCUCCAUUCACGAAGUCGACGAUUCCGCCGGGCCCUCGCCAAACGCAAAGCGAACAUUGAAUGAGUUCACUGGCGAAAAUCAAGAAAAUCGUGAUCCCUCUUUGCCCUCCCAACCUGAUGACACCUCUACACCCCCAGUCGACUCCAAACCUCCGUUUCCACCUCCACCAACUGUCGAAAUAGUGGUGAGAAACACACCCACUAAAGCGAUGCCUGGUUCUGAUGGUGCUGGGAACGGGGCAUCCCCGAACACCAACUCUGCUUCUGACCCUGAGGCUCAUACACCGGCCUCGAAGAAACGCAAAUUAGACCCCGUUGGGAAGGAUCCCAAACAACAAGAGAAAGAAGACAAAGAGCGUCAGAAGAAUGAGGAGAAGGCACGCAAGGAAGAAGAAAAGGCAAGGAAAGAACUAGGAAAAGCCAAACGGGAAGAAGAGAAGCGGUUGAAGGCUGAAGAGAAGAAGAAGCGCGACGCCGAGCGCGAAGAGGAGAAGCGCCUUAAAGAGGCAGAAAAGCGUAAGAAGGAGGCCCAACGUGAGGAGGAGCGCAAGCAGCGUGAAGAAAAGAAGAAGGCAAAGGAAGAUGAGAAAGCCGCAAAAGAAGAGGAAAAGCGCAAAAAGGAGGAGGAAAAGGAGAAGAAGACACGAUCACAAAUGAAACUGAACUCUUUCUUCAUCAAACCACCGGUACCUUCUUCUUCCCCGGGAGUUGCGGCGGCCACUUCUUCGCCCAAGAAGCAAACUACUACAGCUGAAUCCUCCGACGAACCUCGCAGCUCACUAUCAGCCUAUGAGCGCGAGUUUCCCUCUUUCUUUCUACAGUCCCAUACCACCGUGGCACCUUCUCAUCGGUUCGAGCGGGACCCUGAAGCUCUUGAGCACGUACGCCAAACACUCGACGCAUGUCUAAGCAACGAGCACCCUAUUGAUGUACAUCCAUUCCGCCCAUCAGAAGUCUUCCGAAUAAUACCCCUCCGUCGUGGAAGUCGGCCAACAACUUCUGUCAAAAGCAUCCUACUACAGCUACAAAAUUUCGAAGACCAGAUGGAACCGACUCAAAAUUCGGACGGAAGGCCAUCCUCUAGUCCUCGGGAUCUUUUGCGCAAGGUCAAGAUGAAAUCUCUCAAGUUUGGCGAGGACAUCCGCCCGCCUUAUCAGGGUACCUAUACCCGUGAGGUGUCCGAGUCGUCUUCUAGAAGACUUGCGCGGAAUCCUUUCCACCGAGGGCUUCCGGAAACCAAUUAUGAUUAUGACUCCGAGGCCGAAUGGGAGGAACCCGAAGAGGGCGAAGAGCUUGGCUCUGAGGAAGAAGACGAAGGCAGUGAUGAGGGUGACGAUGAUCUUGAUGGGUUCCUAGAUGAUGAAGAUGAUGCGCUGGCUGAGGGGAAACGUCGUCUGAUCGUUGGUGAUCUGGAGCCCGUUUCAACUGGUCUUAAGUGGGCUGCGGAUGGGGUCGAUCCUGAAAUGCAGGCCUACCGGAUCGAGACUAUAUCUGAUGCGGUUAAGUUUCCCAUCGACCCAUACUCAACUGCAUACUGGGAGAAACCGAAGCCGUUGGAUCAAGGCCCCGCAAAAGGACGUCCUGCACCAGGACUCGAUGGAUUCCUUGUUCCUGCAGUUCCUGGCGCACCGGCGGCCGGCAGUGCCUUGCCUCCUACGUCGAAAGCCAAGCGGCCGUUCCCGCCAGACCUACUGGGCGAAUUCAAGGAGGCUGUCGAGGGCAGUGAUCUCAGUAAGAUUGGGUUGGUCGAGAUCUUGAAGAAACGAUUCCCGAAAGUCUCCAAAGAAACCCUCAAAGCCACCCUCGACCAGGUCGCUGUUCGCGUUGGACAAAAAGAAGUUGAUAAGAAAUGGGUCUGCCGAUGA